UUCGGCCCGGACAGCGGCCGGAUGCCUCCCACGUACAACAUCCACAACCUGGACUACGUGUUCGGGCAGGCCGACCCCGACAACUCGCAGAUGCUGCCGCAGUACGCACCCGACCCCGAUUGCCCGAGCGACGACGCGUUCCGGGUCACGCUGGAGAUCACCGCCGCGCCCACCACCGUGAAGCUCCCGAUCGACACGUCCGCGACGGCACAGCAUGUAUCGCAAGAAAAAACUGUUUCACAUUCACUGUAAACUUGUAAUGCCGAAGAUGUAUCUGAGAAGUAUUUGUCUUGCUACACAUGCAAGACAAUGGCUUUUUAGCUGUCUUUUCCCUUAGGAAUCUCGCACGUUGGCGGAUUUUCUCUGUGAUGCAGGACAAACUUGUGAUGCAAAACUUGCAAAAUCCUUUACAGUGAAGCACUUUAUUUUUCACACGAUAGCAUGCCUACACAAUCUACUGGGACGACGAGAUGGCGCCCGCGUUCUCCCUGCCGGACAGCGUGUGGACCGCCGCCUCCGCACCGCACCCGACGGCGCUCUCCGAGCACACCUACACCCAGGUCGGGUGGUACCACCUGGUGGUGCGGG